ACAGUCCAACGCCGCUUCCUUCGUCGGCGUAGGCCCCGCCCUCUGAAGUGGCUAUUUCGGGCCACGCCCCCAUCGAGUGCCGAGGCACGCGCCGGGCGUCACGUGCGUUACAUGGUGAGCGGAAAUGACGUGAGUUGUGGGCGCCGCCAGUAUGGCCGGGUUAUGGCGGCGGGCACAGGCUACGUGCGAUUGUGGGGCGCUGCGCGGUGCUGGGCGCUGCGGCGGCCGAUGCUGGCCGCCGCCGGGGGGCGGGUCCCCACGGCAGCUGGAGCGUGGUUGCUCCGAGGCCGGCGGGCUUGCGACGCGUCUCCUCCUUGGACCCUGUGGGGCCGAGGCCCGGCAAUUGGGGGCCAGUGGCGGGGACUUUGGGAAGCGAACAGCCGCGGCGGAGGCGCUUUCUCGGGGGAAGACGACGCCUCCGAGGGCGGCGCGGAGGAAGGAGCCGGGGGUACGGGGGGCAGCGCGGGCGGCGGGGAAGGCCCGGUCAUUACGGCGCUCACGCCCAUGACGAUUCCGGAUGUGUUCCCGCACCUGCCGCUCAUCGCCAUCACCCGCAACCCGGUGUUCCCGCGCUUUAUCAAGAUUAUUGAGGUUAAAAAUAAGAAGUUGGUUGAGCUGCUAAGAAGGAAAGUUCGUCUCGCCCAGCCUUAUGUUGGCGUCUUUCUGAAGAGAGAUGACAACAACGAGUCGGACGUGGUGGAGAACCUGGAUGAAAUCUAUCACACGGGGACGUUUGCGCAGAUCCACGAAAUGCAGGACCUUGGAGACAAGCUGCGCAUGAUCGUCAUGGGACAUAGAAGGGUUCAUAUCAGCAGACAGCUGGAGGUGGAGCCCGAGGAGCCCGAGGCAGAGAACAAGCACAAGCCUCGCAGGAAGUCGAAGCGGGGCAGGAAGGAGGCGGAGGACGAGCUGGGCACCAGGCACCCGGCCGAGCUGGCGAUGGAGCCCGCCACCGAGCUCCCAGGCGAGGUGCUCAUGGUGGAGGUGGAGAACGUCGUCCACGAGGACUUCCAGGUCACAGAGGAGGUGAAAGCCCUGACUGCAGAGAUCGUGAAGACCAUCCGGGACAUCAUCGCCUUGAACCCUCUCUACAGGGAGUCGGUGCUGCAGAUGAUGCAGGCCGGCCAGCGGGUGGUUGACAACCCCAUCUACCUGAGUGACAUGGGUGCUGCGCUUACUGGGGCUGAGUCCCACGAGCUGCAGGACGUCCUGGAGGAGACCAACAUUCCCAAGCGGCUGUACAAAGCCCUGUCCCUGCUGAAGAAGGAAUUUGAACUGAGCAAGCUGCAGCAGCGCCUGGGGCGGGAGGUGGAGGAGAAGAUCAAGCAGACCCACCGGAAGUACCUGCUGCAGGAGCAGCUGAAGAUCAUCAAGAAGGAGCUGGGCCUGGAGAAGGAUGACAAGGACGCCAUCGAGGAGAAGUUCCGGGAACGGCUGAAGGAGCUUGUGGUCCCCAAGCACGUGAUGGACGUGGUGGACGAGGAGCUCAGCAAGCUGGGCCUGCUGGACAACCACUCCUCGGAAUUCAACGUCACCCGGAACUACUUAGACUGGCUCACGUCCAUCCCUUGGGGCAAGUACAGCGACGAGAACCUGGACCUGGCCCGGGCCCAGGCAGUGCUGGAGGAAGACCACUACGGCAUGGAGGACGUCAAGAAGCGCGUCCUGGAGUUCAUCGCCGUCAGCCAGCUCCGAGGCUCCACCCAGGGCAAGAUCCUCUGCUUCUACGGGCCCCCUGGCGUCGGCAAGACCAGCAUUGCCCGCUCCAUCGCCCGCGCCCUGAACCGAGAGUACUUCCGCUUCAGUGUUGGGGGCAUGACGGAUGUGGCUGAGAUCAAGGGGCACAGGCGGACCUACGUGGGCGCUAUGCCCGGGAAGAUCAUCCAGUGUCUGAAGAAGACCAAGACGGAGAACCCCCUGGUCCUCAUCGAUGAGGUGGACAAGAUUGGCCGGGGCUACCAGGGGGACCCUUCGUCAGCGCUGCUGGAGCUGCUGGACCCAGAGCAGAACGCCAACUUCCUGGACCACUACCUGGACGUGCCUGUGGACUUGUCUAAGGUGCUGUUCAUCUGCACAGCCAACGUCACGGACACCAUCCCUGAGCCACUGCGGGACCGCAUGGAGAUGAUCAACGUGUCCGGCUACGUGGCCCAGGAGAAGCUGGCCAUCGCAGAGCGUUACCUGGUACCCCAGGCCCGCGCCCUAUGUGGCCUGGACGAGAGCAAGGCCAAGCUGUCGUCGGACGUGCUGACACUGCUCAUCAAGCAGUACUGCCGCGAGAGCGGCGUCCGCAACCUGCAGAAGCAGGUGGAGAAGGUGUUGCGGAAGUCGGCCUACAAGAUCGUCAGCGGCGAGGCCGAGUCCGUGGAGGUGACGCCCGAGAACCUGCAGGACUUUGUGGGGAAGCCCGUGUUCACCGUGGAACGCAUGUACGACGUGACGCCGCCCGGAGUGGUCAUGGGGCUGGCCUGGACAGCCAUGGGAGGCUCCACGUUGUUUGUGGAGACAUCCCUGAGGCGGCCGCGGGACAAGGAUGGCAAGGGUGAAAAGGAUGGCAGCCUGGAGGUGACAGGCCAGCUCGGGGAGGUGAUGAAGGAGAGCGCCCGCAUCGCCUACACCUUCGCCAGGGCCUUCCUCAUGCAGCACGCCCCUGACAACGAGUACCUGGUGACCUCACACAUCCACCUGCAUGUGCCUGAGGGUGCCACCCCCAAGGACGGCCCAAGCGCAGGCUGCACCAUCGUCACGGCCCUGCUGUCCCUGGCCAUGGGCAGGCCUGUCCGGCAGAACCUGGCCAUGACGGGCGAGGUCUCCCUCACAGGCAAGGUCCUGCCUGUCGGCGGCAUCAAGGAGAAGACCAUCGCGGCCAAGCGCGCAGGGGUGACGUGCAUUGUCCUGCCAGCUGAGAACAAGAAGGACUUCUACGACCUGGCAGGCUUCAUCACCGAGGGCCUGGAGGUGCACUUUGUGGAGCACUACCACCAGAUCUUCGACAUCGCCUUCCCGGAGGAGCAGGCAGAGGCGGUGGCCGUGGAGCGGUGACGGUCACAGCAGGACCGCAGGCAGCAGAUGUCAGGCCCUUACCUGGGCCCGAACUGAGCCCUUCCGGGAGUGCAGCAGGGCCUGGCAGAGGAGCCACCGAGCAAGUAGCUCGGCCCAGCGGCCCAGAUCCCAAGGACCCCCCCAGUCACUUUAAUCAGUGUGGCAUAGGAACUAUUUAAUCAUUAAAGUAAUUUCCAGUA